AUGAAGAAUCCCACCAUGGACGUCCUUCUCGGCAUCCGCGGUAAAGACUUCGUUCUAAUCGGCACCUCCAAAGCCUUCCUCCACGGUAUCACCGUCGUCAAAGACACAGAUGACAAAACUCGCGCCUUAAACGACCACACCCUCCUCGCCUUCUCCGGUGAAGCCGGCGACACCAUCCAAUUCGCUGAAUUCAUCCAAGCAAACACCCAACUCUACACCAUGCGCCACUCCUCAGACCUCCCUGUCUCCUCCGUCGCCAGUUUUGUAAGAACAGAGUUGGCUAGCAGCCUUCGCAGUAGACAUCCUUAUACUGUUAACAUGUUGAUCGGAGGGUAUGAUACCAAGAAGGAAGAGCCUCAGCUUUAUUGGUUGGAUUAUUUGGCUUCGUCUGCAGAGAUUCCAUAUGCGGCUCAUGGGUAUGCACAGUACUAUUGUUUGAGUAUUUUGGACGCGCAUUACAAGAAGGGUAUGGGUGUUGAGGAAGUGGCUGGACUGAUGAAAGAUUGCCAUGAGGAGUUGAAGAGGAGAAUGCCUAUUGAUUUUAAGGGCCUGUUGGUAAAGAUUGUUGAUAAGGAUGGUAUUAGAGAGCUAGAGGGGUUCUAG